GGAGAUGACAUGGGUGACGAGCUGGCGUCGGAGGACGACACGCUGCUUCAUUCAGAGAAGGAGUUCCAUGAUGCAGCGAAACGUAAUGACACGGCCAGGAUGGAGGAGCUCAUCAAGAGAGGGGUUGAUAUCAAAGCCAAAAACAAUACAGACCGAACUGCCUUGCACUGGGCCGCAGGAGCUGGACAUGUGGAUGCUGUGCGACUGCUCCUGGACCAUGAUGUACCGGUGGAUGAUGAGGACAGUUUUGGAAUGAAUGCACUUCUCCUGUCUGCUUGGUUUGGCCACCUCCGUGUCCUGCAUAUCCUCGUCAAUGCUGGGGCGAAGAUAAACUGUGUUAAUAAGAAUGGCAGGAACCUGCUUCAUUGUGCAGCACAGAGGGGACACAUCCAAGUGAUGGAAUUCAUCAUGGAGGACCUGGAAGAUGUGUGUGUUGAUCAGACAGACACGAUGGACAGGACAGCAUUUCACCUGGCUGCAGAACAUGGUCAGCUGGAGGUGGUGGAGUUCCUGAUCCGACAGGGUUGUUCUCACAGUGCUAAAGACAAGGAAAAGGAUACAGCAUUGCAUUUAGCUGCUAAAAAUGGACAUCUUUCUGUGCUGCAGAAGAUUGUAGAUAUUGGAGUGGACCUUGAUGAAAAGAACUUAGAAGGACUUACAUGUUUACACCUGGCUGCUGAGGGAGGUCACAUUGACUGUGUAAAGUUGCUCUUGGAAGCAGGUGCUGAUGUUAAUGCCCAAACUCAGAAGAAAAUGAACUGUCUUCAUUAUGCAGCACUGCAUGGCUAUGAGGAGGUAGCCAGGAUCCUUGUGGAUGCAGGAAUUCACAUAGAUGCUGUUAAUCAUCAAAAUGCAUCAGCGACACACAUUGCGGUACUGCAGAACUUCCCAGCACUGGUGAAGCUCCUUAUUGAUGCGGAGUGUGACCUUGACAUUCCAGAUAAUAGGCAGCAGACCUCACUUCACAUCGCUGCAGAGUACGGCAGACAGGACAUCGCUGAGAUGAUUCUCAUUGCCGGUGUAAAUCUGAAACUAACGGACAAGCAAGGAAAAACAUCUCUGGAUGUUGCUGCCCGAGGCAAUCACAUCAACUUGGCAGACAUGAUUAUCAAGGCCGAUCGGUUCUACAAAUGGGAAAAGGUACUGCAAGCUACAGGGAGCAUGGCCACAGGAUGUUGCUCAUCUGGCUUCACGGUGCGAUCAUGGCAGGAGAAAAUCCAGUCAAGGGAUUGUACGAAGGUCUUGUGGGCAUUGGAAGAAGAGAUUUAGCAGAUGCGACUGGAGACAGAACUAUGACCAGGCACUGUCAGACCAAAUGGUGUCAGAGGCAGCACAGCACAUGAUGCCUCCUAAGAGCUCAUCCUUCUGCAGAAAGCAAAAGUGUAAGCACUGGGAAUAGUGAAUUAUGUUGGUUUUAUAGUGAUUGACUGCAUUUCAGAAAUUAUGCUGGGGGAAAAAAAAAAAAAAUCACUUCCUUUCUGAAAAAGAGAGCCUUAGAAAGAUGGUACAUCAUGAUCUGAAAAUGCAUACAGAGGUAAAUCACGUCAACAGCGAGGCUAUGGCUCCCUCAAAAAAAAAAAAAAUCAGGUUUAUACAAUUCCAGAUGAGGAGAAAUAUGCUUGGAGCCACUGUGCCACAGCCCAAAAGAGACCCAGGGGGCCAACUCACAGUACAAGCACAGCAGCCUUAGGCUGGAAGAGCCUGCACUGCCCCAGGGUCAGAUUUUUAACCAAUCAUUGACACUCCCAUUUACUGGACAAAAGAUGUUACAGGUCUGGAUAUGUGUGAGUCUACUGAAUUAAGCAGCUAACCACAAAUUAUUGAUUUGAAGCAGUUACACCUGAUUGCUAGGGAUGUACUCAGCUCCCAGAGCAGCACUGCACAGCUGACCUGGAAAGAAAUGAGCACAUGUUGAGAGAGCCUGGAGUCCCUGUGAUACAGCUGGCUGAAGCAGAUUAUCCACACACAAGCUGGUCACAGAGGGCACGUAACAUGCCAGAAGCAAGAAGUCACAGCAGAAAUAGUAUCUUCAGAAGUAUAGGAAUUAGGUAACAAUUGUCUGCUCCAGCAGUGCUGAAGCCUGGCUUGCUUUUACAGGGCCUGACCUGCCAACAAGCUGUUGUCUGUACUUAGCAUGCUGGUUUCAACCCUCCUCACCCCAGCAAAAGCAUGCAGCUCAUUCCAGAUCAACAAUCACAAAUCUAAGGAAAGCCUGCAUCACACAGCAGGACUUCAUCCCCGUGUCAAGAUUUUGUAAUUUUUUGAAUAGCAACAUAGAAGCAUAAUUCGCUUUCCCAUCACAGCAAUUAAGCUUCUCAGGGAGUUAUAGAACAGUGUAUCACAUUUGCUUGAUUAACAAAUCUGCUUGUAAUAAAGCCGGUAUUUCAAGCUCUGGGAACAUGUGAGGAAUCACAUGAUACUGCUGUUUUGUGAGGUCUCCACAAAAAAAACAAAGAUAGCAGGGCUUCCCAGACCACUGAAGCUAUUAAAUAAAUAAAUACACACAAAAACCCCCCACCACCUUGCACAAAAGCCCUCCUAAAGCCUCCCAAAAUCAACCCUUUGCAUAAUCUCCAGGAAUUACAGUUCUCAGCUGUUAUUCUGAGCUGUAACUUUGGAGACGUUCAAGGUAGCUGUAAAUGGCUACAGCAGAAUCUUGAGGAGUACUUCUAAAAGUGAAGCAACACCUUACUGUGCAUACUCCUCAAAAUCAGAGUUAGUUCACAUGAAGGGAAUUGAGGCUCAGAGGUAAUGUUUCUUUUCUCAAGCUCAGCGAAUCAGGGGGUUUAAAUUGUUCUAUUUGAUUUCUAGCCACAUACCAGAUACUACUUCAGCUCAAAACCAAUGCUAAGUGCUGUGGGAUGGUUAACUGCUGGCUUGGUAGGGCACUAGUUUUUUCUUGUUCAGGUCCGUCGCUCAAGAACACUUACAGACAGAAGUCAAAACAGUUGACAGUUACAGUCAAAAGGGCAAAAUGUGUACUUCAUUGAAACAAGUGGCAGAACUUCCCUUAAGUUCAGCAGAACCAGAGUGUCCUCUGCUGAUGACUUUAAGGAAGGAUCGAUCUAAAACAGCAAGUGGUGUAUUUUGAGGAGGAGAUCCCUACACACUGGUACAGCGUCUGGUCUGAUUCAGCCUUAAUUUGUAUUCCUCUCUUUCUUCA